CAGUGAUGUGGUUAACUUGUGGAAAAAUAAAGAUAAUGAAAUGGAUUAUUUUUAUUCUACUUAUGAUAAUAAAUUUAGAUAUUCUUUUAAAAAUAACUUACAGUCGACAACUGAAUAAAAAUUCAAAUAUACAACUCCGGGAUUUCACGGAAACAACAGCAACACAGACUUUGCCACAAACGGUCAUGGAGAAUAGUGAAUUCUGUACAAAUCUUACAGAAGACAAAGAUAUAAUCAUGGAUCUUUUCGAAGAGAUUGAAAUAUCCGUACUAUGCGACUACUUAAAAAAUGAAGUCAGUGCGAAAAAAAUGAUUUUAUUAAAUAUCAGUGUCUCAGACAGCACACUAUAUGUUCGUGUUCGAUUGCACAUCGAAAAAGGUGAUUGUACAAAUCAAACUAUUUUCACCAAAUGGGUAAAUUACAGUGUAGGUCUUGGAGUGAAUAAACUACGUUAUACAAUUGAUUCAUUUAUUUAUAAACAGUUACAUCUAAAUGAAGUGUAUGAGAAAGUUGAACAAACAAAUUAUACUGCAGUCAGUUCUAUGAAAUCUGUUAACUUUAAUAUUAUACGCUCAUUACCGAAUAUUUUAAUUGAUAAAUACUUAUUGAAAGUAUGCAUCAUGGAACAGAACUGUCUUCAUUGGAUAGACAGAUCUAGACCAUGUGGAUUACAAGACGUUCGCAAUAUAUUUAGACCGAAAGAUUAUCCAUUAAUAAGUGGAUGGGAUGAAUCAGGUGGUUGGUCAUUGUUUCAGUCGUUUAUUGAAACACUCUCUGAUGGAAACUGUUCACCUUCCCGAAAUAAGAACGGCAAAGGAUUGCAGAUUAUACAUUCUGCGUGGUUUAUCCCUUGUAAGAGUUGUAAUCAUACAUCAAAUGAAACAAAUUGCGACUGGUCAAACGCACUAUGGUAUGAACCUAAUGAUCCAAUCUAUCUCUGUUUAUACAAUAAAAGAAGUAUUCAAAAUGAUAAAAGUCUAAUAACAACCUACGUAAGAAACCGUGUACUUCUUUUUUUGGGCGAUUCAACUUUACGCGGUUUAAUGUAUUCCUUACUGUAUCGUGUAAACAAAACACUAUCCCAUGUUCAAGAAACACAUGGACAAAUAACGCUGAUUAACAGUGCAACAAUAACUACACGAUUUACUUAUUUUCCAGAUUAUUCAAUAAAAUCACAAUUUAAUAAUAAAAAUAAAAUAAAGUCAUUCAACAGUUUAUUAAAAUCACUUUUUAUGUUUAACCAAACAUUCAAUGAAGCUUUGUUGUUCGUGGGUGGUGUACGAUGGCUAAAUUCGUAUCAUUUAAAGGCAAUACAAGUAUUUAUCGAUAAACAAAAGGUAUUUCGUUCCGUCAAAGUGUAUAUCAAAGAUUAUUCUGCUGGUUUUCACACACCUGUUGAUGGAUUACCGUAUGUUAACUGGUCGAGAAGAAUGCAUGAACAUAGAAGGAAUCAAGAACUAAUCAGAUUGAUAAACGAAUAUAACUGGUCAAUUAUUUCAACACACCAAAUCACUUGGACAAGACUUAAUCAUUUUCAUGCUUAUGCAAGAUGUUCAUGUCAUUUUUAUCACGUUAUAAAACAAAAUGCACAAUCAAAUGUUGCAAUAAACAAAUAUCAACAUACUAUCAACAAUAAUGGUGAAGAUCAUAAUACAUUUGUCUAUCAUAUUAUUGGACAAAUUCAGUGGAUUAUGUCAAGAAUCGUUGAGACAACAAUUAUAAAUAAUAUUUAUUAA